AUGGAGGGCACAACCUCAAGACAAGACAAAGAAAAGGCUCAGAGAACUGUAAGGUUUCGGGUGGCAUCUGCAAAUAGUGGUCACAUUUUAACUGAGGUUUUCAAGGAUGACACAUUGACAUUGUGUGGCUCAGUGACAGACUCAGUUGACUCGGACUGCACCAGCAACUCGGAGAGUGAGCAGGUGAGCUCCCCACCAACCAGUGAGGCAAAUGGGCAUCUGUGUGGGCUGGUGGGCACAGCGGCGGAUGAUUGCGGGAGUGAUCCGGAUGACCUGCUUAUGUACGCUAGCACCAAAAAGGAGCUGCUCUUUAGCAACAAGCGCAUUAAUAUCUGCAGCAAGAAUGGGACUGUACGUGGUGUGAAGAACAAAGUCAGUGCAGGUCAAGCGCUGUUCAACAACCUUUCCAACCUCUCCAACGUGUAUACAGGUAACCUGCGUGGCAGCCGACCUCAUCUGAAAAAAAUACCAUGGGAAAAAGAUGAUGGGAACUGA